CUGCCUGCACCGCUGGAGUCCAUUGACUUUCCCAUCGCUCUCACAAUGCAGCCUCGAGUGUCCUCUGAGGUACAAUGCUCCCACUUGGACGUCUUCGAUGCCCAGUUGUACCAUGAAGUACGUGGCCAGGGCCCCCUUUUCCUGAUCAUAGCCGGGGGCAACGGCACCGCAGCCUUCUUCGCAUCUUUCGCGUCCCUCCUGUCAUCCCACUUUCAAGUAGUGACUUACGACCGACGAGGAUUUUGGCGGAGUCCGAUCAGAGAUGCGACCAACCUCGACGCAUCCAGAUUGUUAAGGGCUAACGUCGCGGAUGCUGCUGCCCUGAUUCAACACCUCUCACCCAGCGCGCCAUCGAUUGUUUUCGGAUCCUCGUGGGCAGCCAACAUUGCCAUGAAUCUACUCAGAACCCAUCCGCAGCUGGUUCGGAAGGUCAUCGUUCACGAGCCCGUCCUGGGGAACCUGUUCACGCCGAAGAUGCUACAAGGAUUCAGUGAGGAUAUCGACCGAAUCAUUGCUGCGUUCCGCCAGCGUGGAGUGCCGGCGGCCAACGCGAUCCUGACUGCCAUCACGAGCAGUAAACGCGAUCGAGAGCUGUUCGUGGGCUCGCCGGUGUUCAAACAGCUGAUGUCGAUCCCCCCCAGCAACCAGGACUGGUACUUUGGGGUCGAGAUGGUUGAAUGGCGGCAGUUCACCACUUUCGAGCCGGAGGGUCUCCUGGACCAUCGGGGCAAGCUGCUGCUCAUGCGCGGGGUGGAAGAAUCCCCGGAUUUGACCGCACAGCCGAUCUGCGUCUUGUCCGACCGACUGAACCUGCCCGUGGUGGACAUGCCUGGGGGCCAUUUGGGGUAUAUUACCCAUCAGCAGGAGUUUAUUGAUAGCGUGGGGAGAUUACUGUCGCAUCACGAGCGGGCUCGGUUGUAAUCCAUGGGUCUGAAAGAGUUUCCUCCAGUUUCACCGCGUCAUUGUCGCCACUGCCCUGCCACCAGAUAAAAUCGACCCUGACCCCUCUCCACCCA